GCCCGCCGUUUGUUGCCUUUGCUUACGGGCGAUCCAGACCGGUCCAUCAUCGUCCCAUCAUCUCCCCUCUGACAUCCACCACCACCACAGCAGAAUACAUAGAUCGGAGGGGAUACUCGCAAAAUACAAAGUACCCUUUAAGCUUUUUACUCUCGCUCGCCAGCUGCCUAUUCAAAAAGUACGCAGUCGGGUGCCAAAUGCGGGAUCUUCACCUCCCAGCCCUGAGACACCCCGUUGGUAGUGUAACAUCUGACCCCGGAAGACAAACAGGUCGAUUCCGAAUUCUCUCCUCAGCUUUAUCUCCAUCGCAGAUUUUUCCAUCAUCAUGUUCUCUCAAAUCUUUUUGCGACCGUUGUCUUCGGACUACUCGCUCCAACGCAGAGAUGGCGACCUCUCUCUCCAAUGGCUGUGGCCACUGCGGCCAGACCAAAAACCUUCGGCGAUGCAGUGGCUGUCAGCUCAUGUUCUACUGCAGCAAGGACCAUCAGAAGGCCCAGCAUUCUGCCCACAAAACUGCCUGCCAUGCCGUUUCCCGAGCUCGUGUAUUCCACAAUCGCGCCGCGGCCCCCAUCAUUCACACCUGCGGAGGCCCCGUCACCCUCACUAGCAUUCCUCAAGUCGUCCGGGACAAUCGAGAAGUGUUCCAGGGCUGGAUGCACGACUACCUGUUCUCCAAAUACCUCCUCACCGAGGUGAUGGACAAGAUCAAUACCCGGCACGCCGUCCAAGAGCGGCUCGAUCUCCUCCUGUCCCUCGUGCACGUCUUUCGAGCCGACGAGGUCGGCACCCGAUGGAAGAUCCCCGCCCUCCUGAUUCGCCUCAAGCGAGACCAAGAAUCCUACGACUUUAUGAAGUGGUUCUGUUUGGCGAAAAAGCCAGAUCCGAUCGACGAAAUGAACCCGGCCUUGCCGUUUCUGGAUCUCAAGAACGCCGACGCCUUGGAGAAUGUCACCCCAUUCAUUACCGACUGGGAAGUGACUCCCUUGGUGGAAAGAGUCCACACCAUGCUGGCUUUGACGCUUCUGAAAGUCCGGCUGGUGUUGGAUCUUCGGAUGGUCGAAACCGUCGGCACCGCGAUCGGCGGGGCCAUCCUACCGGAAAUCCUCAUUCACAUCCAAGCGCAUGUCGUGGAGUCGUCCGUUAUCUCCAAAGACCGAGCUCUCCUUGCACGGUGGGAUCACGCAGCGACCAUUACCGAGCUGGAGAAACAGAUCCGGGUCUUGAUGGAGACGGUCCAACGAUUCAACCAACACCUCUGGUCAACUUUGGCGGACGGCCAAUCUCCGAUGGCCAUCGUCUACACGUCUGGAAGCCCAGAGGAGGCGGCCAGUAUUGUGACUCAGUGCCAUGCGGCUUGGAGUGAGUCACCAGGGGCGAUUGCCUUCAUCAAGGAACGCUUGGCUGAUGUGGAAGGAGUCAAGGGAGAAAGGGAGGAUCCGACGAUCCGGAUCGUCCAGGUUGACCAGGCUUUUUCCAGUACUAUGUAGACCGCUCUGAUGCAUGAUGCAUGAUAUUCUGUAUGGGCACCUCAAGAAUGACAAUCUUGUAGAAUGAUUAACUUUC